CAUGGCCACACAGGUUAUAUAAGCUGGACAGGGCGUCAGGUGUCUUUAAUGUUGAGUCUGACGGCGAGGCCACAGGAAGCGGGCAACUGCUUCAUCUGAUAGUGUGUGAGGAUCAGGAUAAGAAGCAGUGAUGCAUGGAAUAGGUGUGGUCCUGUUGGCAAUGCUCGCCCUCGUUCACAUGAGCGCUGGCCUGUCAUGUCCCGAUUGUAGCCAAAGAACUUGCCCCAAGGUGGAGUGUAAGUAUGGCACAGAACUGGGAAUCUGCAACUGCUGUCCCAGUUGUUAUAAGGGACCCAAUGAAGUGUGUGGAGGCAUCUGGAACCUUGGUGGGACAUGUGCAAGGAGUCUGUAUUGUACCAACCCACCUGAGACCCUUGACCUCUCUAACCAGGCUCCUGGUGUGUGCAAGAGAUCACAUGUGAAAUAUCUACCAACCAUAGGGAAAGACCACAAGUAAGAGCUUGGAGUGGAAUGAGGAAGGGACAAGCAAGCCACAGAGUGUUAUGUAAAGAGGAACCUAUGGCACAUAUAAGUUUGUUAAUGGAAUUUUCAUAUCCUAAACACUGAGGUCCUCAAACCAAAUUCUCAGUAAUUGGUCGCUUGUUAAGCAGAACUUUCCUGUAUCAAUAUACUAUAAACACUCCAUGCUCAAACACACUUUUCACCAAGAUUGAAAAAAAAAAAAAUUAAGAGUAAAAAUUUUCUCUUGUAUUCAUUUUAAACAUCUACCAACAUUCUUUACAAUUAUUUGAUUUGUGUACAGUAUUAGCCAUUUCCUGACUUGCAUUUUUUACAGAAUGACAGACAGUUAGACUUCCCAGUGAUGAUGAUGACAAAGAGAUCUUCUAUAAUAACUUAGCUGAGAAUUUAGAGAAUCUUUGAAAUGUUUCAUUGCAUAUGAAUUUUUUGUAUUGAAAAUUCCAAUGAAACUGUAAACUACAUUCUUGUCUUUCAAAUAUUGCUGCACAAAACAACUCAAGAACUAACUCAAUUUUAAAUGUGUGUUUAAUAAAUAGUUGCAUCCUU